CAAUCUCAAUAUCUACACAAAAGUGUUCCACUUGAGUGAAAAGUAGUGUGUUAAGAACUAAACAAUUUUUCAAUGGCGUCCAAGAAACAAGAGGAGCGAGCUGAGGCAGCUGCGAAAGUUGCUGCCAAAGAACUCGAACAAGUCAACAGAGAAAGAAGAGACCGUGAUUUCGGUGUUGUUGCUGAACAACAACAACAACAACAUCAUCAGGAAGAUCAACAAAAACGUGGUGUAAUCGGGUCCAUGUUUAAGGCGGUGCAAGACACCUACGAGAACGCCAAGGAAGCUGUCGUUGGCAAGAAAGAAGCUACGAAUAACGCGUACAGUAAUACAGAGGUUAUUCACGAUGUUAACAUUCAGCCCGAUGACGUGUCGGCAACGGGGGAAGUAAGGGACAUAUCAGCCACAAAGACUCAUGAUAUCUACGAUUCUGCCACGGACAACAACAACAACAAAACCGGUUCCAAGGUCGGAGAGUACGCAGAUUACGCUUCUCAGAAGGCCAAGGAAACAAAAGAUGCAACGAUGGAAAAAGCUGGAGAGUACACAGAUUAUGCUUCGCAGAAAGCGAAGGAAGCGAAGAAGACGACGAUGGAGAAGGGUGGAGAAUACAAGGAUUACUCUGCGGAGGAAGCUAAGGAGAGAAAAGAUGCUACUGUGAAUAAGAUGGGAGAGUAUAAGGACUAUGCUGCGGAGAAAGCCAAAGAGGGGAAAGAUGCUACUGUGAAUAAAAUGGGAGAGUAUAAGGACUAUGCUGCGGAGAAAACGAAAGAGGGGAAAGAUGCCACUGUGAAUAAGAUGGGAGAGUAUAAGGAUUACACUGCGGAGAAGGCGAAAGAGGGGAAAGAUACGACGUUGGGGAAGCUUGGGGAGCUGAAGGACACGGCUUCGGAUGCGGCGAAGAGGGCCGUGGGUUACUUGAGCGGCAAGAAAGAGGAAACUAAAGAGAUGGCUUCGGAGACCGCCGAGGCGACGGCGAAUAAGGCAGGGGAGAUGAAGGAGGCAACAAAGAAAAAGACGGCGGAGACCGUGGAGGCGGCGAAGAAUAAGGCGGGGGAGAUCAAGGACAGAGCCGCGGAGACGGCGGAGGCCGCGAAAAACAAGACCGCGGAGACCGCGGAAGUGACGAAGAAUAAGGCUUUGGAGAUGAAGGAUGCAGCGAAGGACAGGACCGCUGAGACAACGGAUGCGGCGAAGCAGAAAAUUGCACAGGCAAAGGAGAACACCAAGGAAAAUGUGAGUGGUGCAGGUGAAACUGCAAGGAGGAAAAUGGAAGAGCCAAAGCUUCAAGGUAAAGAAGGGUAUGGGGGCCGUGGAGACAAGGUGGUGGUGAAAGUGGAAGAGAGUCGACCAGGGGCAAUUGCGGAAACGCUGAAAGCCGCCGACCAGAUUGCGGGACAGACCUUCAACGAUGUAGGACGCUUCGAUGAAGAGGGUGUCGUCAAUGUGGAGCGCCGCAAGAAAUAAUUAAAACGUGAUCUAUGAUACAACAAUAUUAGUAUAUAUAGACGCAUGCAGUUUAUAUAGUAUAUAUUGUCAUGUUGUAUGUUUUUACAUUUUGGUUUGCUUGUUUACAUUCUCUUCAAAAAAAAAAAAAUGUGUAGUACGUGUAAGGUUUUGAAGAUUGGUUCUAGGCUCCGUGGGAACCAUUUCAACAAUAAACAUUUUGCGCGUUCUUGUACACGUAGUGAUGAGAAGAGAUGCCUUAUGGGCAGUAUCAUCUAAAACUUAUUUUCAUCCAUCAUAGAAUUUGGAUCUA